AUGGAUCCAACAAGAGCUCCUGAUUUCAGACCACCUUCUGCUAAACCUGCAAAUGACCCACCAUUAGCCCCUUCAUCUCAAAUCCCAAAAGCUGCUCCAAUUCAACCUUAUGUAUUAGCUGAUUAUCCAAAUAAAAUUGAUGCUCCAAUUAAACCUCGUCAACAUAAACAUAAUAGUCAUCAUCAUCAUAAAUCUCAUCAUCAAUCUACAACAACAAGUCAAGCUUCUUCUAUUGUUCAAUCUCCAAAUUUAAGUGAUACAAAUACUCCAAGAUCUUCAAUUCCAAGAAUACCUGCUGAAUUUCAACCUUUAUCAAGUGCAGAAAAUUCUUCAUCUGAAGAAGAUGAUCAUAUUGAUAAGUUUACCCUAGACGAAUCAAAAGAUGAUAACAACAACCUAAGUAUCUUGGAUGGAAUUCAAUCUUAUCAAACUGCUGAUUUAGAAGAAGUUCCUCAUGGUGUUGUAAGACAAGCUAAAAAAUUAGAAAGUUAUGAAUUCCCAACUCAUAGAUUAAUUCCAAAAUUGAAAAAUCCAAAUAAACAUCCAUUAGUUAUAGUUGCUUGUGGUUCUUUUUCACCAAUUACUUAUUUACAUUUAAGAAUGUUUGAAAUGGCAUUAGAUGCUAUAAGAGAACAAACAAGAUUUGAAGUUGUUGGAGGUUAUUAUAGUCCUGUUAGUGAUAAUUAUAAAAAAAGAGGUUUAGCUUCAUCAUAUCAUAGAGUUAGAAUGUGUGAAUUAGCUUGUGAAAGAACAAGUAGUUGGUUAAUGGUUGAUGCAUGGGAAUCUUUACAACCUACAUAUACAAGAACUGCAAAAGUUCUUGAUCAUUUUAAUGAAGAAAUAAAUAUUAAAAGAGGUGGUAUAUUAACUUCUGAUGGUACCAAGAGAGGUGUUAAAAUAAUGUUAUUAGCUGGAGGUGAUUUAAUUGAAAGUAUGGGUGAACCAAAUGUAUGGGCUGAUGAUGAUUUAAAUCAUAUUUUAGGUCGUUAUGGUUGUUUAAUUGUGGAAAGAACUGGUAGUGAUGUUAGAUCUUUCCUGUUAUCUCAUGAUAUAAUGUAUGAACAUAGAAGAAAUGUUCUUGUCAUCAAACAAUUAAUUUAUAAUGAUAUUAGUUCAACAAAAGUGAGAUUAUUUAUAAGAAGAGGAAUGUCUGUUCAAUAUUUAUUACCAAAUAGUGUUAUUAGAUAUAUUCAAGAACAUGGGUUAUAUAUUAAUGAUCCUGAACCUGUUAAGCAAGUUUUAGAUUCAAAAGAUUAA